UUGUGGAUACAUCAGUAUCGAAGAUUUGCUCUGGCUCCCUGGGAGACGCAUGCGCAGUGCGUCCUCCCAGGCUCCUGGUCUCAGCCGGCGGUGCUCCGCAGCUCCUUUACUCGCAGAUUGUCGAAGAGUCUUGGGCCUACUGGAUCUGUGGAAAACGACAAGCUUGAAAAAGGAAAUCCACCCCCAGAGCAGUCUUGGACGAAGAUGUCCUACGGUUCCAUUGAUGGAAGUGGGUUUGGAAGCCGAAAUGCCUUCGGGGGACCUUCAAGACAAGGAUACCAACCUUUAGCUACACAGAUUGAUCCCAAUGAACUGCAGGAACUUUUCCAGGAUACGUCGGCCAGUGUCUUCCGAAUUAAUGCGAACGUGACUUCUUUGGAAAGAAGCCUCAAAUCCCUUGGAACAGCAAGUGACACACCAGAACUGCGAGAUGCACUGCACACAACACAGCAAGAGACCAACAAAACCAUUACAACUUGCACAAAUGCUAUCCGACAGUUAUCUGAGGUCAUCCGAGGUUCUUCCAGGCAAGAGCGGCUACAGCUGGACCGCCUGAAGAACCAACUUUCUGAUGCCAUUCAGCGGUAUGGGACCGUACAAAAGAAAAUUGCAGAGAAGUCCAAAGCACUGCUUCCAAAAGGACAGAGAAGUAGGAAACAGAGUCCUAAGACCCCCUUCUCUGACUUGGCUGAUGAUGAGAAGAUCUUCAAUGGAGGAGACACCAUGUGGCCUGAGCAGAACCAGGAGCAUGCCCUGCUCUCUGAAAUCACGGAGGAGGAUUUGGAAGCCAUCCGGCAGAGAGAAGAAGCUAUCCAGCAGAUUGAGAGUGAUAUGCUGGAUGUCAACCAGAUCAUCAAGGACUUGGCUUCUAUGGUGUAUGAACAGGGAGAAACAAUAGAUAGCAUUGAAGCCAAUAUCGAGACAGCAUCUUCUAACGUCGACUCUGCCAACGAGCAAUUGGCAAAGGCCAGUCAACACCAACGUCGAGCCAGGAAGGUGAAGUGUUGUGUCAUCACUGGCGGGCUGGCAGUUCUUCUGGUCUUCAUCAUAAUUAUCACUGUUUCUGUCAAGAAGUAAAUCCACCCGGUUUUCACAGGGCACCUGUUCACAUUAUCCAGUGGAAGAGAAGCCAAAGACGUUCCUCAUUCAAGCCAUGCAUCAAUGUCAACUUUUCUGAAUAUAUUAUACUAAUAAAAAAAACAUGUUGUAGCCAAUAAACACUACAAUUAUAUAAGAAGAAAGAGAGAGAAACCUAGUGGUUCUUGCUGAUUAGUGGCUCUGACUAAGCUUUCUUCUGCUGAGCCAUGAACAUUUGCCCUCUGAAUAUGGAUUUUGCCUUUUCUUAAUGACUUUUAAAAUCCCACUCCAUCAUAAAGUGACUUUCAGUACAAAAAGCCUCUCAGGCCCUGAUCCCAUGAGAUGGUGCGGGAAGGGGAGAGGAACAAAGGUGUGUUGCCAAAAAUGCCAUUGCAUGGAUUUAGAACUCAGCAUCUCAUUUCAGAUUGAAUCAAGAUCAUAAUCAAGGGUCCAUUGGGACUCUUUGUUCCCAAUCAUCCUGUGGGAAGAUUUCUCAGGGUGACAAUUCCAUGUGCAAGACAAGCAAAUCUAUAUGUUGUUUCCCAACCAUACUGUUUGCACUGGACAAAGAGAAGGUGAACCAUGGACACAUAGUUUUUUUCAUAAUUGGGUUCAGGAAGUCCAUGUGACAAAGCAAGUCAGAAUUCCUUCUGAUUUUUAAAAAUUAAACCAGCCUAAGAAGACCAAGGGGCCCUUGGUGGCACAGUGUGUUAAAAGUGCUGAGCUGCUGAACUUGCGGACCAAAAGGUCCCAGGUUCAAAUCCCGGGAGCGGAAUGAGCGCCUGCUGUUAGCUCCAGCUCUUGCCAACCUAGCAGUUCGAAAACAUGCAAAUGUAGGUAGAUCAAUAAGUACCGCUCUGGCGGGAAGGUAAUGGCGCUCCAUGCAGUCAUGCCAGCCACAUGACCUUGGAGGUAUCUACGGACAACGCCGGCUCUUGGCUUAGAAAUGGAGAGGAGCACCAACCCCCAGAGUCGGUCAUGACUGGACUUAACGUCAGGAGAAAACCUUUACCUUUACUUUAAGAAGUCCAAAAGCAAAGUGAUGGGAUAGGGAUGCUUUCCCUUGCUGCAUUAUUGAUCAAAAAUACAUUCUUUAAUGGGUCUUCCCAUGGCCAGGGCUUUGGUGGUGGGGAAACAUGUAGCACUCUUUUAUAUAGCACACAACAACAGCAAUGCCAACAACAAAAGCAAAUGUAAGAUGUCAUGGACUGCAUGGUGGAUUUAUUGAGAGAAGUGGGGUUAGAUCUGAUCCCAAUCCUAAAUUUUAUUGUACCAAAGUUGCAUGUAAUUCCACUACUUGAUUUGCUCCCAAAUGCAACAAAUAUGCAUUUUUUUCUCCCCCAAAUGAAACCAAUAGAAUGAUUUACUCUUUCAAUUUGUAUGGAGAUGUGCACAGGGACUUGCAUCAUUAACAGAUAAAAGAUAACCAAACAUGUUUGCAAACUAGCUCCCUGUUCACGAAGUAUAUUUGCCCUAGCAAAUGUUGGAGUUUGGCUUCAGGCAUUGAACAUUACUGAUAAUUGUUGUGAGCUUAUCAGGAGCUAAUGAACAUAUGUACAGGGAUAUGUGUAUUGAUGCUAUAGCUGCAUUCAUAGAGAUCCUUAUAGUCACUGAAUUCUGGCUUGAGACAUCCAUUUUUAUAAACAGUAAGUUUUGCUUCCAUCCAUAUCACGUUGUUCAUCCAACCACCUUGAAUUGAUAUAGCUUGCAUCCUUGGUUUUCAUCCCAUUAGGGACAGAAAGUGAGGGAAAUCGUCUUCUUUGUGUGACUUAUCAUGCUGUUCCGUCUUGAAAUGAGCCAGAGAAUUUGAAGAAAAAAACCCAUCACAAGUGUUCAUCCACUUCCAUUUCCAAAGAAAUCAUUCAUUUUAUUACUUAUCACAUAGAAGAGUACAAUUUUCACUUCUUUCCCCUCCUUUUUUGGGAAAAAUAAAAAAUUCAGUUAAAGUAAUUUAACUUUAAAUAGAAAGAGAAACAGUGAUACAAGAAAAAAAGAUUUCUACCAAAAAACCAAACAAGAACCUUUAUUUUAAAGCAGAAAAUACUGAUCAUGUUUGUGAAAAAGGAACCUUUUAAUACAGCUGAUUUUCAUAUCUUCAAAAUUGCAGUGUUGCAACUAUAAAAAUAUUCAAUCAGUCAUUAAUAAAACAAUAAUAAUA